AUGUCCGAAGAGCCGCAGAGUGAGCAGUUUGUCACAUUAGUGUCGUCAGAUGGAUAUAAAUUUGUUAUUUUGAAGGAAGUGGCCCUGAUCUCAUCUGUCUUGAAAAGUACCCAGGGCUUCCAAGAAGGAGAAACAGGCAAAAUAAACCUUGAUAUGGAUGGCGAUAUACUUGAAUGUAUCGUGGAGUACCUUUACUACAACUUCAAGUAUAAAGAACAGGCUGAACACAAUACCAUUCCUGAGUUCAAUAUAAAGACACAUCUUGCAUUGGAGCUUUUGGUGAAAGCAGAUUACCUUGAUAUCUAA